AUGCUCUUUGAGGUAUCACCUAGCGUACGUUCUCCUCUCCAAUGUAAAAAUUGCCUACGUUUUGGACAUACAUCGAAAUUUUGCCGUAGUAGCCCAACAUGUAGCCACUGCGGUGUAAGCAAACACUCCAUUGAAUCGUGCCCAACUGCUCAAGCAACCGAUCCAUGCUGCCUAUACUGCCAACUUCCACAUCUUGCAACCGAUCGUAACUGUCGUGAAUGGAAUUCCCAAAACAAAAUCAGGUCACAUCAGCUUUUAGCUACUCCAACAUUAAGAGGAAGGGGUACAAACCAAUGCCUUGCUAAAUUUACAGCCUCUUCUACACAUUGUAACAAACUUAACAAACUUCAAGUAUCAUGCCUAAGAACUAUCAUUGGUGCCUUAAGAUCUACUCCAUCUCCAGCUGUUGAAGUUGAAACGGCCUGCCCUCCACUACAUAUCAGAUGUAGAUGGCUGGCUGGUAAGUUCCUGCUCAAAAGUUUGGCCAAUCUUCACCCUGACAUCUUCUACGACUAUCUUGAGAUUUAUUAUUCCUGGCGUUACGUCUCAAAAUCGCUUCCCAUUCUUGCUCUAACUGCUCAUUCGCUCGCCCUAAUACGAGAAUAUAUCAUUAAAUCGGAUAAACUACCGUUGUACGAAACAAACUUUCCUUCGCUCCUUCUUUCUCCCACAAUACAUUUCAGUAAAAACUUUUUGGAGUUUCCUAUAGAUUAUCUUAAAAUUGCUCAACCUAAUUUCGUCAAUGGUCUAUUUUUGGAUUACAUCCGCAAUAAUUUCCCCGAUUUUAUUUUAAUAUUCACUGACAGAUCUGUUACACCUCUUUCAGCCAGUUUUACUUUUGUAAUUCCGGAAUUUCAUAUUUCCUUCACUAAUAAUCUUCCUCCCACAGCAUCGUCUUAUACCGCCGAAUGCCAUGCUAUAAUUGAAUCCCUACUUCUCAUCUCCACACUAAUCACUAACAAAUUUCUAAUCAUAACCGACUCUCUUUCAUGCUUACAAGCUCUUGCCUCAAAUGUUUUCAAUACACCCAACUCCCCACUCAUUAUUACAAUCAGAUCACUCCUGCACACGCUCACCGAAUUAAAUUUUAACAUACAGUUUCUCUGGGUCCCUGGUCAUACGGGGAUCUCCGGCAACGAGACAGCAGACUCUCUAGCUAAAUCGACAGCCUUCUUAUGCUGCCCUUCAUCCAGUACAAUACCCUGGUCUGACUUUUGUCCAAUGCUUAAAAAUAGCGUUGAUAAAUUGUGGCUAAGAUACUGGAAAGGUCUUCCCACUCACUUUGCCACUUGGUACAGAGACAUUGUGCCAUCCAUUUCUCCUCUUCCGUGGUUUGAUAAAUCCAAACUAUCUCGCAAAAAUAUUUCAUCUUUCUCUCGUCUUCGUUUCGGACACACCUUACUACCCUCGCACUCAUUCAAACUUGGCCUAAAUGAUUCCCCCCUCUGUACUCGCCAUUUUUCUCCCGCCACUUGCAAUAUCACCCACAUUCUUUUUAACUGCCCAUACAUCUCCUCCCAACGCGAAAGCUUUCUCUCACAAAUCAAUUCUCUAAAUAUUCCAGCCAAUCCUCAAUCUAUCCUCUCCUACAAUUCUCAAUCCAUUACUUUAUCCGUACUUAAUUUAUUCAACCAGGCUGGUUUCAUAAUUUAAAUUUAAAAAUUUA